UAACCUACAAAUCAUAAAUUGUUUAUUUUGCUUUGAUUGCCAGGAAAAGUCAAAGAUAAAGCAGAAAAAUAAAAAUGACUCCUGACGGAGACCUUAUAAUUAAAAAAACUAUUUACGCGGGCACAAAGGCAGUUCCUUUUAAAGGUGGAACCAAGAUUCAUUUCCACUUUCAAGCGAGACUGUGCAACCCCGAGAAAACAUUGCUGGACGAUUCAAGGAAAAUGGGUCAGGGAAAACCUCUCGACUUGGUCUUAGGCAAGAAGUUCAAAUUGGAAGUAUGGGAGGUUAUCUUACAAAAAAUGGCUGUUAACGAAGUUGCGCAGUUUACAGUGGACAAAAGUUUGGUAAUACAAUACCCAUUUGUAUCGAAAACGUUAAGGGAUUUGCACCGACCAAAAGGCGAACGGAAGACUCAUUGCUGCGCAAUGACACUGCAGAACGAAGGUGUAGGAUAUGACGACCUAAACGAGUUUCUAAAACGUCCAACUGAUUUGGAGUUUACAAUGGAGAUUUUGAAAGUAGAACAACCAGAAAGUUAUGAAAAAGAAAGUUGGCAGUUAGAGGAAAAUGAAAAAAUAGAGCUAAUACCAAAGUUAAAAGAACAGGGAAAUGAAGAGUACAAGAAUAAGAACUACGGAAAGGCCGCUGAAUUGUAUGCUAAAGCGGUCGGUAUGUUAGAACAACUAAUGUUGAAAGAAAAACCACACGAUAUUGAGUGGAACGAACUUAACGACCAAAAGAAUCCGAUACUUUUGAACUACGCUCAGUGUAAGCUCUUCGAGGGAGACUACUACGCUGUGAUCGAACACUGUACAACCGUUCUAAAGACAGACAAAGAUAACGUAAAAGCGUACUUUAGGCGAGCGAAAGCUCACGUCAAAGCGUGGAAUAUUGAAGAAGCAAAGAACGAUUUCAAUAAAGUUAUGGAGAUCGAUAAAUCUCUAACUUCGGUGGUAAAAAGAGAACUUGCAGAAUUAGAAAAGCAAAUCAAGGAAAAAGAUUGCGAGGAUAAAGGAAAAUAUAGUAAACUUUUCGUGUAAAACGUGAUUUAAAAUGUAUUUGUACGUUAAUUUCUAUAUUUUUUAUUUAUUUUAUAGCGUUA